AUCAAGAGAUAUAAGAUCUAUUAUUUGUAACUAACUAAGACUAUGCAUUCAUCAAUCUUCUCAGAUUCAGCUAGUGUUAAUUAGAACAAUGGAGGGUGAAACCAAACAUGUUAGUUUUAUCCAAAAGAACAAGAACAUGGAUGUCAUAGAUAUCCUCAAAGAAACACUAACAAUCUAUUUCAAAAACAUUUAUUUCAUCAUCUUCACUUUCCUCAUUUCACUUCCUUUCUUUCUUCUCAUGCUUUACUUUGAAACAUUGUUCCAACAAACCAUAGUUCUAACUCCAAAAAUCAUCUCAACUCUACCUUUUCGAGAGCAAAAUCAACUUCGUUUCUAUUCAGUUUUCGAGCACAGAUUCAUUCCUCAAAAUGAACCGAGUUUUAGUCAUGAUUAUUUACCUCUUUUGAUUCAACUUGGAUUCAUCUACUCUAUCCCUCUUCAUGUUCUAGAAUUUUGUUCUAAAGUAUUAACUAUGGAUUUAGCUUCAAAGCUUAUAGAUUCUCAAGACAACAACAACAAGAUGAGUCUCAAACACAUGUUUCAGAAUUCAAUUGAUGUAUCAAUCAUGAAAGGAACAUUUAUCACUUCUUUGUACACACUUGCAUUAUCAAAUUGUCUUCUUAUUGCAUUUCCAUGGACAGUGAGUAAUUGUUUCAUGUUUGCUAGAACUUUUUGGUGCUAUGUAGUUUUUGGAAUGAUUUGUUUUGUAGCUAUUGGAAAAUUGUUGAUGGUGUAUUUGGAAUGGAGUGCUAUUUGGGAUAUGAGUAUUGUGAUAUCAGUGUUGGAGGGAGUUUAUGGUAUUGGAGCUUUGAGAGUUUCAUAUUACUUCAACAAUGGGAACCAGAAAAGAGGACUUGUUUUGAUGCUUGUUUUCUUUGUUUUUGGUGGUUUUUUGAGGCUAAUUUGUAUCUUUUACUUUGAAUGCUAUAAAGGAGGUAGUGGAAAUUUUCUACAAAUUGGGGUUCUUAGUGUGAUGAAUACAUUGAAAUGGGUGGCUUGUGUGAUUUAUUUCAAUGACUGCAAAGAGAGGAAAAUGGAGAAGAAAGUUGAUGAUGAGGAAAUAGGAAAAAGUACAUCAACUGCAGUGUAAUGAUAUUUCUAUUCAUUUGUUUUAUAGUAUAUUUUCAUGAAUCUUAAUUGGAUUUAUUUACUUUGUGCCUCUUCAUGUUCUACAAUUCUGCACUAUAUAUGGAAUUGGUAUCUAAACUGCCUAUAGACAAUGAUGAAAUUAGUCUGAAGUAGAAGACUUGGGUGAAGUGUCCAAUUGAUUUUCAAAGGUCAAAAUUGAAUUAAAUUCAACUAUAAUGAUUGCUCUUAACUCAUGUUAUUUUGGAUUACCCCUUUAAUUUUGAGGUACUUCUAAGCGUGUAAAAAUCAUAGGGGUAAAUCAAAAAAAAAUUUACAGGGGGUAAUUUGUGUCCAUAACGGACAAAAGACAUAAAAUUUUUAGAUUUCAAGGGGUAAUUCAAAAAAAAAUAUAUAUUUAAGGGGGUAAACCAAAUCUCGCCUAUAUAGCAGGA